GCAGAAAGCAGACGCCACAAGAGGCGAAAUAAUCAGUCGCGGAACAUGGCGAGGUUAAGCGAACACGGGAUUCGUCUGAGUUCCAUGAGCCCUUCCUUCCUGAACAGCAACUCCACGAGUCACACCUGGCCCUUCAGCGCGGUGGCGGAGCUGAUAGACAAUGCAUCAGAUCCAGGUGUCUCCGCUAAUCAGUUCUGGAUAGAUGUAGUUGAAGAAUCCGGUCACCUCUGCCUAACGUUCACUGAUAAUGGCAGCGGCAUGACCCCCAACAAGCUGCACAAGAUGCUCAGCUUUGGUUUUACAGAGAAGGGUUCAGGAAAGGCCAGCCAUCAGGCCAUCGGCGUGUACGGGAACGGUUUCAAGUCUGGCUCCAUGCGUCUGGGCCGCGAUGCGCUCAUUUUCACCAAGAACGGUGGCUGCCAGACUGUGGGCAUGCUGUCUCAGACCUACCUGGAAAACAUCAAGGCCCAGGCCGUCAUUGUCCCCAUUGUCCCCUUCAACCAACAAACCAAGUCUCUGGUGAUGACUGAGGACUCUGAGGCCAGCCUGGCAGCCAUCCUCCAAAACUCCCUCCUCUCCUCUUUGGAGCAGAUACAUGCACACUUUGACUCCAUUCUCUCCAAAAAAGGCACCAAGAUAUUAAUCUGGAACCUACGCAGGGCCAAAGAUGGCAAGCCAGAGAUCGACUUCGAGACCGAUGUGUAUGACUUCCGCUUGCCCUCGAUUCAGAUCGAGGAGCUGAAGAAGGGUCUGAAGAGCAGUGGGUCCCUGAGAGCCGAAGAGAACAUACCAGACAUGCACUAUAGUCUCAGGGCCUACCUCAGUAUCUUAUACCUGAAGCCGAGGACACAGAUUAUCCUGCGAGGGAAGAAGAACAUAGCUAAACUGAUGUCGAAGAGGCUGACACACAUCGAGCAUGACGUGUACAAACCCCACUUCAGUAAAGAGAAGGUGAAGGUGACCUUUGGGCUGAGCCCAAAAAACAAAGACCACUAUGGCAUCAUGAUGUACCACAAGAACCGGCUCAUUAAAGCCUACGAGAAAGUGGGCUGCCAGCUGAAGGCUUCAGGUCAAAGGGCGGGAGUCGGGGUCAUCGGCAUCAUCGAGUGUAACUUUCUCAAACCUGCUCACAACAAGCAAGACUUUGAAUACACCAAAGAAUACAGACUCACCCUCGGUGCUCUGGGCCUAAAACUCAACGACUACUGGAGAGAGAUGACAGAGAAGAGGGCCAGAGAGCGAGAGUUUCAGGCUCUAGACAGAGAUGAAUACAAGCGUGGCGAUGAAGAAGCUCCAAUGUGGUUACAGUGUGAAGAGUGCCUGAAGUGGCGAAGCAUCCCCGCAAAUCAUUACAGCACGGCUCCUGAAAGCUGGAACUGCAGCCAGAACCCCAAUCCACGUUACCGAAGCUGCUCCUCCCCAGAGGAAGCAGAAGACAGUGAGGAGCUAUUAACACCCAGCUACCAGAAGAAUCACAAGAAGCACAGAGAACAACCCAGAAGCAGAAAACGAGAAAAAUCAUUGGAGGCGUGUCCGUUCCAGGACCAAAUGCCCAAACCCCAAAUCAUCUCACGUUGUUUGUCAGAGCCGGUCCAGCAAACCCUCCAGUCCACACCCUCACCUCAUGAUAUGAAGAAAGCAGAGGAAAACACACUAGAAGCAGACCAGACAAACACAGAUCACCUGGCGCAUCAUGACACAGACACAGACACCAAUGAUGAUGCAAAGGCACAAACUGCAGUCACAGCUGAAGUCACUGGCACAGAACUCAAGCUCGUUGGAGGAGAAACAAGCGAUCACAAGCUUGAAGAUGAAGAGAAGGACAAAAAGAAAGACACAGACAUGGAGCCAAUGGAAGAAGAGGAGGAGAGCACAGAUGCAUCAAGCCACAAAAGGAAAUCAGAAUCAUUUACUGAGCCAAAGAGCAAGAAGGCAUGUCUAUGGGAGGAGCAACAGCCAGAAAAUACAGCAGAAGAGAUGAAUUCUGAGAAACAGACAAAUGCACCUGAGACGCCGUCCUCGGAAGUGACCAUGCAGGACGACAGAAACUUAGCAGAGAAACCAGGUGACACGGCACAGCGAAUCCUCAACCUCACCUUGACCACCUCGCUCCCCUCCACCCAGACCGCGACAGUGUCUCCACUGAGUCAAACAGCUCCGCUCGAGUCCACUCCAGACGGGAGCGGCCGGGAAGCUAACCUGCAGAAGCUGGCUGCGUUGGAGGAAGAGGCCCAGAGGCUACGGAGGCUUCUAGGUCUGGAAGUCAUGAAGACAACUCAAGGCACGAUGACGACGGCCGAUACCAGCUCUGAAAAGCCAGCCGGGGGGCCGGUGGCGCCAGCCAGCAGAGAGGUGGGCUGCCAGACGGCCGUGGCUGAGAGCUCUACGUCAUCCAGCAGCCCGGCCAAGGCUGCAGGACUCCAGGUUCAGAGAGUCGUAUGUGGCCCGAAGGAGCAGCCUGAGCUGAACAGACCCCGGAAGGAGAAGACAGAAACUCAGGGCGGGAUGAGAGCCAGUGACAGCGAGGCCUGUGAAAACAGCAGAUUGCCACACGAGGGUCUGCGAAGCAUCCGCAACAACGUGGUGGUGCUCCUCACGGCCCUCCUGCCCCAACUGGACCUGACCGGCAUCAGCUUGGAGACCACCGACGUAGAGAACAUACUGCAGCAGAUCAUAGAGGUCAAUUCACUGAAACUAUGACCGGUCACAGGUUUCUGUUGGUAGCGAUCCAUGUCUUUUUUUCCUGUAUUCUCAUGCAAAGUGUUUGGGUUGUAUAUAUCAUUGUCACAUUAUUCCUCUAUUAUUGGUGGUGCUCGUGGAUGAACUCUAUAACGUGAUAUUGUUUUAUGUGCUCAUGUUUAUCGGUUUGCAACCAAGAUAUAAAUAACAGUUUAUUUUGCAUUGAACAAAGAAAUAAUAGUUUGGCUUCAGUUUGUUGGAAUGGUGUCUCCACUCGAAAAAAUGUCUCGACCAGGAGGAAUUUAAAGUCUGAGUGUUCAGAGUUGUAAUACACACUGAUAUCAAGCUUCCACUGGCAGCACACACACACAUAUUGCUAGUUAGUGCCAGUGUUUUCUGACACAUCACUUUGAAUGUAAUCUGUCUGGUGCUCAUCUAGCUUUUAAGCUUUUAAGAAACUUUGUUGUAAGUUGCUGCUGCCCAGCUGCUGUAUAAAUAUGAGCACUUGAAUCUGAAGUUAGCGCGCUGUAUCGCUACUGUUUGUUUUGCUUCUGUUAUUAUGGACUAUUUAAAUUUGUUUUAUACACAUGUGGCAUCAGAGUCGUGGAGGAAUGCUUGUUUCUAGAUUUCUAGCUUUUUUAUGUUUACAUUAAAAGGCUGAAACCA